CAUUCCAAUGCUGUUUUAACAGAACAUAGCCUCCUCCCUGUUAGCGCCUAACAACUUUGAUUCUAGAAGGAAUGAAUUCAUCGAGACUUUGUUGCGCUAUUUGGACGCUUUUUACCGUUUUGCUAACAGGAUGUCUAUAUGGGCAAACAGAAGAAUGCAAGACUUCCAUGUACCCACCUAAAGGGCCGACGUUCAAAGGAUCUGUCCAAUGGUAUACAGUAAAUCUAGACGAGCCUCCUGUUACAAGAUGGGACGGAGUGAUCAAGGACAAGAAAAACGAACUUGUAGCAAUGAUUCAGGCCAUAAAGGUGCUGGCUAACAGUCUUGUUCCCAGUGGAAAACUCAUUGACUUGGUGGACAACGGGUUGCCACCGCUGUUGGGCUCAAUGCCCUACCCUUUUAAUGAGGAGAUUCAAGGGAUAUCAACUGCUUCGGGAGUUCCAUUAGGAGAAGUUAUACUCUUCAACAUCUUUUAUGAGGUUUUCACUGUAUGUACAUCAGUGGUAGCAGAGGACACGCAUGGAAAUCUAUAUCAUGGACGAAAUUUGGACUUUGGUUUGUUAAUGGGAUGGAAUCACAAAAACCAUUCCUGGGCAUUAACAGACAAGCUGAAACCUCUCGCUGUAAAUAUUGACUUCAAACGAAACAAUGUUACUGUUUUCAAGUCCACCAACUUUGCUGGAUAUGUUGGCAUUUUGACCGGUGUCAGACCUAAACUGUUCACCCUGACAAUGAAUGAACGUUUUAACUUUGAUGGGGGAUAUGUAGGGAUCUUGGAAUGGAUUUUGGGGAACCGAGACGGCAUGUGGAUGGGUUUCCUAACACGCUCCGUCCUAGAGAAUGCUACCAGUUACGAGGACGCCAAAAAACAGCUCACCCAUACCAAGUUACUGGCUCCUGCUUACUUCAUUCUUGGGGGGAACCAGACUGGACAAGGCUGCGUGAUCACCAGAACCAGAGUUAAUGCCCUGGAUGUUUGGGAGAUUGAGCUGAAGCUUGGAAGGUGGUACGUGCUGGAGACCAACUAUGAUCACUGGGAGAAGCCUUUCAUCUUGGAUGACCGCAGGACACCAGCUAUGAGGUGCAUGAAUAAGACGACACAGAAUAAUAUUUCAUUUAAAACAUUGUAUGAUGUUCUUUCAACCAAACCAGUCCUUAACAAGUUAACUACCUACACCACCCUGAUGGAGGUAUCCACAGGCAAACUGGAGACUUUCCUCAGAGAGUGCCCAGAUCCCUGCAGUCCAUGGUGAUCAGGGCUCAAAUACCCCAUUCACCUUGUCUGUCGGUACACGUGGCACUAUUGAAGGUUGUCUAACGCUAAACCUCCUCACCACACAAGCUUGUGUCCAGGUCCCCAGCCAUAUCCAUUACCUGUCACUACUAAGUGAUGGCCAAUGCAGUGUUUGUCUCAUGCAUUCUGUACUACCUCAAUAUGUCACAGUACACACUUGGCUUUUGACUACUUGUGUAUUAAUCUAAUCAUUUCCCUUGUAUGCCUUUGUCAAAUUUGUAAAUAUACUUUGAUCUGUCUAAUAGCUUUGGAAUAAAAAAUAUUUGUGACCUUGA